AUGACAUUCUUCGUUCUGCAGCUUGAGGGUGUCGCUAGAACGCAACUCACUCACAUAUACACAGAUGAUUUGAGAGAUAAAUGCAUCAGUGCCUACUUAGACCUCUACGAAUGGAAGACUCUUAUUAUUGAAAUGCACCUUGCUCUCCUUAUAUUACCCGUCUAUAUCGCUAUAUUGGUUCUGAGAAGAAAAACUAUCGUAAGGCUACAUGUUGGAUGGAUGUCUGAGAGGACUUUACGCAUGCAUUCUCAAAUGCUAAAGGCAAUCACCUACCAGGCCUGUCUACCACUGCUUUUGAGCUCCGGUCUUGUCGUUUUCGUUCUGGGACAAUUCUUAGGUCCAAAUCAUCCAAUACUACAGUAUUCGUACAUAGCUGCGGGCCUUACUCCCGUUUUAACCCCUUUAAUAUCUUUAUAUUUCAUCAAACCUUAUCAUGACAGUAUAAAGCAAGUCCUAUUAUGCUAUCCGAAUUAAGAAAAUCGCCGUUUUGCCUGCAAGUUCGAUGUCGAGUAGUGCUC